UGGAUGCAAAGCGACUGAAGAAACGGCGGACACAAACAGGCGACUUCACCUGAGUGUAGUCUGAACGUUUCGUCGACGGGGGGUGAAGCUGUUCGGGGUCUCUGCUGACCUGCUCGGCUAACUCCGCCCUGCUGCCUCUGUGUGUCUUCUGUCGGAGCUGACCCAUCUGGGUUUAGCAGCCUCGGCGCGUAGCUGCGGUGUUAGCGAUGACCUCCGGAGCGGCUGUAGGACUGUGUGAUCAGUGAUGAGCCGUCAGAACAUGCCCAGCAGCGGCGGGUUCAGGUGGACGGUGGUCGUCCUCACCUGCCAACACAAAGACAGCGUCUACUCCUUCCAGAGAGGUGACGAGCAUCUGCUCCCUAGCUGGAGUUAAGGCAGCAGCGUGGCUCUCUCUCUCAGGGUGCGUUGGUUUUGACAGUGCGGGACCGCCAGGAGCCGCUGGGCAGUGGAGGGGCGACGCUGAACGCUCUGCUGGUCGCUGCUGAACACCUGAGCAACAGAGCCGGACACACUGUGGUGACAGCUGACGUCCUCGAUGAUGCUCACAUCCUCAUCCUCCACACGGUGAGUCCAGCAGCACGUUAGUCUCACACGCGUGUCCACGCUUUGUCUUUGCGUCUGCGGUUGCUGUUUUUCGUCUUCAGUCCUGCAGACGUUCUCUCCUCCUGCAGGGCCGAGAUUUCCCCUGGAGCUCCUGCAGCAGAGCCUUCUGCUGGCUGCCAGCGGAGAAACCCGACCAGAGAGUCCAGGCUCCAGUCUGCUGUCUGGACCUGCUGCUGGACUGCCUCAGUCACCAGAUUUGUCCCGGUUCUCCUCCUGGUGUCUGGGUCUGCAGCACUGACAUGAUCCUCAGCAUCCCUCCUGACUUCGCUUUGUCCUGGGAGGGUUUCUCUGGUGUUCGGGUGUUGGCGUUACCAGGUGACGUCUCCUACGCAGCCAAUCACGGAGUCUACCUGUGUGACCGACAGGGUCAGGUCAGGGACAUCAUCUACAGGGGAACAAAGGAGCAGAUUGAACAAGCAGUGAUGCUUGAUGGGAAAGUGCUGCUGGUCUCAGGUCCAGUCUUCUUCAGCAGGUCUGUAUCUGAGAAGCUGCUGCAGACUCACGUCACUCCUCCUCUGGAUGGCUGCACCUACCUGGGCCUGGACUCUGGAGCUCCGCCCCUCCAGAUCUCUUUGUUCCUGGACGUAUUGAAGUGUCUCUGCUCAGAUCUGACUCAGGAUCAGUUUGUGAGCGAGGACAGAGCCGGCUGUAGUUCUGCUGUCGGACCACAGGGGGCGACGGUGAGGAGCGGCAGGACGGAGCUGUGGAGGAUCCUGAGAGGGACGCCGCUCAGACUGGUGUACGUCCCCGGCGGUCGCUAUGACUACCUGACUCUUUCUGGAAAGCAGCAUGUCGAGCGACUGAGCUGCGAUUGGACAGACAGAAACGCACUGUCACACAUCCAGAGAGAGAGCGGGCUGGCUGAAGGAGGCCGAGUGAUCAACAGUGUCCUGGAGGGAGAUGUUACCGUGGCAACUGGAGCGGUGGUGCAACACUGCCACCUACAGGGUCCUGUGGAAGUCCCUUCAGGUUGUUUACUGUCGGGUCUCGAGUUGAUGACAUCACAGUGUAUCAGGCAGCUGUCGCUGGCCAAUGACAUCAUCAUCCAGGGACAUCGCAUCGAGCUGGGAGAACUGAAGCUGAGCGUGUACACAGUGACGGGAACGCAGGACGACCUGGAGGUCUCCUCCAAUGACAGCAGCGCCUCCUUCCUCAACCAGAAGUGGAGUGUCUUCUACAGCAGAACAGGAAUCCAGCCGGAGGAAUUGUGGGUCAGAGGAGAACAGCGCUCCCUCCUGGAGGCUCGUCUCUUCCCGGUUCUCCACCCCAGAGGAGGUGCUGUGGGUCUACAGGGAGGGGUCAGCUGGCUGCUGGGAGGGGGGGGCUGUCCGAAGAGGUGGAGGGAGGCAUGGAGGCUCUCUCUGAAAGAGGUGAUGUCACUCACCCACCAGGAGGCGGAGCUGCAGUGGAGGGAGGAGUUACUGUUCCUGGCGGGGAGGAGGAGGGUGAUUGAUGCGUUGAGGAGCCGCACAGACGUCUGCCUGCUGCCGGGCUUCAGGGCCGCGGUGCUGGGAGGCCAGCAGGAGGCGCUGCUGGAGACACUCGACAGCAUUGCAGCAGGAAGCAGCAAACAGGGGGAGGAGUCAGGUGCAGAGCUGGGCGUGGCCGCUCGCUGUCUCUCCUGUAUUGCUGAUGUGUUGGUGUGCAUGGCGGGGGGGAGGGGAGGCCUGAGGAGCGGGCCAGCCGCUAAUGAGGCCUGGAGCCCAGCCUACUCCCUGUUGGAGGAGGGUAACCUGAGGGGCGGAGUCCACGCCCUGGCUAUGCAGAGAGAGCACUGGCUCAGCAGACCGGACCUGCUGGUUCGGGCGGCACGGCACUACGAGGGCGCCGGCCAGGUGCUUCUACGACGAGCUGUGAUGUCAUCGCAGAGGUUCAUCUCCAUUGGCCGAGGUGAGGUCCCGCCACUUGAGGAGUGGCAGGAAGUGGAGUGUCCAGCCAGACUGGACCUGGCAGGCGGCUGGAGCGACACUCCGCCCAUCGCCUUUGAGCACGGCGGCUCUGUGACCAAUGUUGCCGUAAAGGUUGAUGGGAAGCGUCCUAUUGGAGCCAGGGCGCGUCGCAUCAGAGAGCCCCACCUCCUGCUGGUCAGUUACACUGGUGGGCGGGACAGUGGGGUUUCCACGGAGACGGUGUGUGACAGCCUGGAUCACCUGAGGGACUACUGUCAGCCUCAUGCACCUGGAGCCCUGCUGAAGGCGGUGUGUGUGUGCAGUGGUCUGGUGUCUCUCUCUUCCCAGCAUCCUCUGGGGGAUCAGCUGAUGCAGCGGUGGGGAGGAGGGGUGGAGCUCCACAGCUGGUCGGUGCUGCCAACUGGAUCUGGACUGGGUACCAGCAGUAUCCUGGCGGGGGCGCUGUUGGCUGCGGUCUAUCGGUGUACCGGUCGAACCUACAACACAGACUCGCUGAUCCACGCCGUCCUCUACCUAGAACAGAUCCUCACCACAGGUGGAGGCUGGCAAGACCAGGUGGGAGGUCUGGUGGGCGGAGUCAAGGUUGGUCGUUCCAGAGCGUCUCUGCCGCUGCAGGUAGAGGUGGAACGUCUCAGUCCUCCAGAGGACUUCCUGCUUUCUCUGGAGCAGCACCUCCUGCUGGUGUACACCGGCAAAACACGGCUGGCUCGCAACCUGCUGCAGGAUGUGGUUCGUAGCUGGUACAGCCGUCUGCCCUCCAUGGUCCAGAACGCCCAGCAGCUGGUGGCCAACUCUGAGGACUGUGCCAGAGCCUGUUCAGAGGGAUCUCUGUUCAGACUGGGUCUGUCUCUGGACCGCUCGUGGCAGCAUAAGAAGCUGAUGGCGCCCGGUUGUGAGCCGGCCUCAGUGAGGGCCAUGAUGGAGGCCCUGAGGCCGCUGGUCCUGGGUCAGAGCCUGGCCGGGGCCGGAGGCGGUGGCUUCCUCUACCUGCUGACCCGGGAGCCUCGACAGCGACCGGCAGUGCUGCAGGUCCUCAACGACACACCAGGUCUUGGAGACUUCAGUGUUCACUCAGUGGAGCUGGACAUGGACGGGAUUACAGUCCUACCACCAUCCUGAGGACACACACACACACACACAGAGGACAUGAUGCGUUCCCUCCCUCAGCCUCUCACUGUGAGUCUACAGCAGCUGUUCUCUCAGUGGAUCUCAGAGCGCCAUCUAGUGGAGGAAAUGAAUAAAAACAACAAAUGAAAAUGCAUAAUUACUGUUUGCGCAGCAGGUUGACUGUGGUGACAUCCUGCCAGCUGUAUGUCGUGUUUUUCUCUGUUCUGGGUGGAGGAUGGUGGAUGGAGGCCUUAAUUUCUAUAAAAAACAUAAAUGUUCUUCAGAGCAGGUGUGCUAACAUGAAUGUGAAGGAGUCUGUAUGGAGUUUGUAUUUAAUGAGACUAUUUUUAAUCAUGAAGCUGUGAGAUUUGUCUCAUCAUUGAGUUGAACUGUGUUCACUUCAUAAACUGACAGAAUAAAUUCUCAGGACAGAACAGGA